UCAAAAUGGCGGAAAGACAAACAGCGCGAGGUGAAUGUUUCUAAAACAAUGUUCUACUUUUAGCAUGGACCGUUCGGUUAUGGGAUGUGAGAGGUUAUGGAAGAGAAAUUAGGACCUUUUACUUUUAUCUCGAAUUUUGACUCGGGAAAUUUGGCCCGCGUAGAGAGAGUAAAAACUGAAGACGCUUCGUCCAGUCCAGAAGAUUGUGAUGGAGUUGUUGUAAUAAAUCCUGACUUUGAUUACAAUGUUUGGACGGCUCCCGACUGUGCUGGCACCGAGUUUGAAAAUCUGAAUCGAACAUGGUUUUAUUUUGGUAUCAAAGGAGGCCAACCGGGAAAACUUUUACGGAUAAAUAUCAUGAAUUUAAAUCGGCAGGGAAAGUUGUACGGUCAAGGCAUGACUCCGCUGGUAAAGGUUGUCCCAUCCAAGAACAAAUGGGAAAGAAUACGAGAUAAGCCGAAAUACGAGACUGUUGAUGGCCAGUUUAGACUAUCAUUCACUUAUCGUUUUCCUGAUCAGCGCAAUGGAGUGCACUACUUUGCAUUCUGCUAUCCAUACUCAUACUCAGAUUGCCAAGCAAAGCUUGAUGAUCUGGACAGAAGCUUCACCAUAUGUCAGCAAAUGACCCCCUCAGAACCAAAAGACUCUAUCUAUUUUUAUCGGGAACUUCUGUGUUUCACACUGGACAGCUUAAGAGUAGACCUCCUAACAAUCACCUCUGCAAAGGGCUUGAUGGAGGAAAGAGAAGAAUCUCUCCCACAUCUUUUCCCAGACAAAAAUGUUCCUAGGGCUCACAAGUUUGAAGGGAAGAAGGUGUUCUUUCUGAGUGCCAGGGUACAUCCAGGGGAAACUCCAUCAAGUUUUGUAUUCAAUGGAUUCCUAGACUUCAUUUUACGUCAAGGUGAUCCCAGAGCUGCCGGGUUACGGGACCAAUAUGUAUUCAAGUUGAUACCAAUGUUAAAUCCAGACGGUGUCAAACGUGGUCAUUACCGAACUGAUCAGCGAGGUGUGAACUUGAAUCGUGUCUAUAUGGAUCCUGAUCCUUUCCUUCAUCCUUCAAUCUUUGCAGCAAAAAGUAUCAUUUUAUAUCACCAUACUAAAGGAAACCUGCACCGAGAUUCUGAUCCCCAGGUUCCUUCUGUAUGUGAUACGGAGGAGGCAACAAAAAUCACAAUAAACCUUAACAGUGCUGUUGUUGAAACUGGCACUGAAUUUGCUACAAACAAAGAUAUUUUACAUUUUCAGACAUCAGUCCCUUUUGAGUUAAAGCCAGAGUUACCAGAAUCUGAAUCUGCAAAAAUGGAAUUAAUGAGUGUGGCAAACAAUGUAUUGAUAGAAAAUGAUGCAAACAAUAACAGGAACAGGGAAACACUCUCAUCAAAUUUUGAUUCGUUGACUUUGGAGGAUAAGGAGAUGUCACCUGAUGUUCAGACUGGUGACUCAAAUGAUGGACUUCAAAACGAAACUCUUGUUUUUAAUCAGCUUUCAAAUGAAAGUACUAGCAGCUUGUCAAGUGAAUGCCAUUCAGAGAAGCAGUUAAAUACAAGAACUAUUAACCAGCCUCAGUUCAAAAAGGUGUUAAACAAGAAAGAACCUGCAAAUUGCAGCUCCUGCUCUUUACAGACUUCACCUGAGCAUAACAGUGGGGUUUCAUAUUAUGUUGAUCUGCAUGGCCACGCAUCAAAACGUGGAUGCUUUGUUUAUGCAAAUUACCUGGAGAAUGAAGACGACUAUGUCAGCUCUAUUUUAUUCCCAAAACUCAUCUCUUUGAAUUCAACAAACUUUGACUUUGCAGCCUGUAACUUUACAGAGAAGAACAUGUACAGCAAGGACAAGCGAGAUGGCAUGUCCAAAGAGGGAAGUGGGAGGGUUGCCAUCUUUAAAGCCACUGGGAUGAUUCACAGUUAUACACUAGAGUGUAACUACAACUGUGGUCGAACAGUCAACUGUUUGCCGCCUGCUACAUGCGACAAUGGAUGUGCUACUCCACCUCCCUUGCCUGGCUUCCCACCCAAGUAUACACCAGAGAUUUAUGAAGAGGUGGGGCGAGCAAUGGCAGUGGCUGUACUUGAUAUGAACAAUACCAACCCAUGGACACGACUUCCUCUCAGCGAGUUUACAUCUUUAGAAGGAGUCAAGAAUUGGGUCAGGCGGUUUGUGAAGAGUUCUAAGAAUGCACCCUCAGUACCCAAGAAACUCUGUCGAGUUAUAACUAAAACCUCAAGUAUGGUGGCAGGAGCAACAGCAAGUACACGUCAGAAGUUAUCUGUAUUGGCAAGUUCAUCCAGUGAUAUGUCUUCGGUUAAUGCAGCAGGGGGAGAGCACAGAGCAACAGAUCAUCCACCACAGAAUGGAACAAAUGUUAACAAGGAAGCUGGUAAAAAGUCAGCUACUGAUACUGUCAGGCGGCCAUAUCACCUGGCAGGUACCAGGAAGACAUCCUUGCAAGGAACAGGGACCCAGAGUGGAAGGAACCAAGAUACAUGCUCUUCUUCACCUGGAACUCUGUCAGGAGCCACCGGAAGAGAUCAUUUACCUGGACCAGGACCUUUGAGAGUGCCAGUACUUAAAGCAAAAGAACAACUAAGAGUUUCUUUAGAACUUCCUAAAACGGGUCCAACUUUGAGGUUAGUGCACAACUUGCAUCAUCAGCCCCAAGUUUAUGUCCAGCCAACAUCAUUGCCCAGCAAAUCUCCAUCAUCUUCUGUUGAGAUUAAAAUGAGCACUAUUGAUGUCCACAAGCAAUUCAUUGGUUUUCACAGAAGCAUACCUGGCCCUGCAUUAAGGAAUGGUCACAGCAGCCAUAGUGAUGAAGAGAAGAAAAAAAAGAAUGUGCGACCAAGGAGGAAAAAUGCAAAGAAAAAAGAAAAAAAUGGUGAAGCAGUGGCUAGUGAUAAAAUUCAACUCUCCAAAAUAUCUUUGUCAAGUAGGCCCCCAGGAGAAGAGGAUGUCCAUUUCAACACUGUGGAGAAAGAAGACGAUGGAAUGUCCAAGAGUACUCAACUUUCUCGCAGGAACAGUUCAAAGAAUAUGAUAAGCUGUAGCGUGAUGUCUUGUGAAGUUGUGGAUAUCAAGGAGCUACCACACACACCUCAGAGUAGCAGUAGCACCAAUCCUGUGAAAUUCUGGCCAAACACAUCUGUCAGCUGACAUAACAGGAAUGAAGAACUACUUACUUACUUUAGUUUCAGAGUGGAGAUGUCUUUAAGUGUCUUUAAGUUAACCUUAAAAUUUUAUGUGGAUUUUACAAUAUGAGGUUAAAAGUUUUUGUCGUAAAAUUUAUAGGCAUUGUCUCAGAUGGACUUGGAUGAAUUAAAUUUAAGAUGAUUUUUAUUUUAUUAAUACUGAGGGAAACAAAGUGGAAGACAUUUAACUUUUUUAGUACUGCAUGUAGGUCAGUGGUAUCAUAUUCUGAUUGGAGUGCUCACUGUUAAUUAUUGCAGGAUUGCUUUUAUUUGCUUCACUCCAGUAUUGGCCAAAUGGAAUUUAUACAGUACAUUCCCAGCUAAUCAGAUAUUUUCCUCCAUUCUGAUAGGCCUUGUGAUAACUUUGAUAUUCAUUUUGUAGUACCUAAUCAAAAUUUGCGAUGUGAGCAGAUUUUGUUGAUAUCACCAACAGUUAUGCUGUAUUCUUUCACUAAAGAGAUUUAGAGUGCAGAGUGAGUGUGUUUGUGAUUUGUGAACAAACAUUUAAAACAUGUUCAUGGUUGCAUUUUAAUGUUAGUUAUUAUUUGCUCUUACAAUGAGCAUCAAGUUAUUGUGGUGAGUUGAUUGAACAUGUAUGAAAUGUUGAACAAAUUCAGUUAGAACUGAAGUAAGGUUGUUUAUGUAAAAUCACUGUUGCUCUUUCUUAUUGGGCUGUUUUGAAAGGCACAUGUUGACAAUUCCCUUAGUGAUUUAAAAAAAAUUGAAAAAAUAAAAACAAGAUUUGCAAUCUUG